AUGCCCGUGUGGCUGCGGCAGUACCGCUGGCGGCAGAGCGCCGCCGCCGUGUUCGUGUGGCUGCCGCUGCCGCCGCGCCGCGCCACCGCCGCCAGCAUCUUCUGCACCGAGCGGUACCUCAAGGUAAGCAUCCCUCCCUUUUUAUUUGAAGCCGUUCUCUAUGCUCCCAUCGAUGACACAAACAGCACAGCCAAGAUUGAGGAUGGAAACAUUUUCUUCACUUUGUAUAAAAAGGAAAUGGGCAUGUGGGAUUCACUGAUGAUUGAAAAUGCUGAUAAGGAAAAACUGCAAUAUCUAAGAGAAAAUGCUAUUCUAAAAGCCCAAGAAAAGGCAAAAGAGGAGGCAGAAGCAAAAAAAGUUACAAAAGAGGAACAUAAAAAAUACGCUUUGGAGGCCACAAUGAAGCUAGAAGAAGCAGAAAGAAAAAGAAUUGAAAAUCUGAAAGAGCAGGAGCGGCAAAAGGUCACUAGGGAAUUGGAGUUAUGGAAAAAUGAGCAAACAUAUAUUGAAGGACAAAAGAGGAUACAAAGAGAAGAGAAAUUACAUCAAGAACAGUUAAAGGAGAAGAAAAAGGAAAAAAUAACCAAACCUAUGAUUCCUAAUGAAGGAACUUCUAAGACCAAUGAAGGAACUUCUAAGACCACAGUAAAACCUACUAAAGGUCGAGGUUCCAAAAGUAUAUUUUCAGAGAAUUUAAAGGAAGAACAGUUACCAGCACCUCGAUCAGCUGGCACAAUUAAAGUUAACUUCACAUCACGGGUUUUUCCUACAGCUCUCCGUGAAUCUCGGGUAGCAGAAGAGGAAGAGUGGCUGCAUAAGCAAGCAGAAGCUCGAAGAACAAUAAAUGCUGAUUUUGCUGAGCUGGAAGAUUUAAAAGAAGAGGAAAAGAAUCCAGAUUGGUUAAAAGACAAAGGAAACAAAAUGUUUGCAACAGGAAACUAUCUUGCAGCUGUAAAUGCCUAUAACCUUGCAGUCCGGCUAAACAAUAAGCUUCCAGUACUGUAUCUGAAUCGUGCUGCUUGCCACCUUAAGCUGAGGAAUUUACACAAAGCCAUUGAAGAUUCCUCUAAGGCGCUAGAAUUGUUGACACCACCUGUUCCUGAUAAUGAGAGUGCUCGAGUGAAAGCCCAUUUGAGACGUGGAACGGCAUUUUGUGAGCUGGAAUUAUACGCUGAAGGUCUCCAGGAUUAUGAAGCAGCACUCAAGAUUGAUCCUAAAAAUAGCACCAUAGAAAAAGAUGCUGAAGAGAUUCGACGCAUAAUUCAGGGAACAUCGCAAGACGUGUAAAAAGAAAAGAAAAAAAAGUAAGAAAAUUUUAGAAGACAUUUUGAUUCUUGUGUGGUCUGAUACAUUGUUAAAUAUCCAUUUUGCUAUUAUACUCAGGAUAGCUGCAAAAUAGGUAAAAGAUUAGAUGAGUAAGAGAGAUAUUUGGGUGCAUUUUAUAGCAUUUGUAUCCAAACUGAUUAUGUGUUUACUUUCUAUGAAGGAUUGGGUCAUAAUAAAGCAGCCUAUUUGGCCUUAAAUAAAAAUUAGUAGUAACUUAGUAGUAAACAAAAAUUGGUCUGUAAAUAUCUACUGAAUCUAAACAGUGGAUUUUCAAACAACUUCAGUAGCUGCAUAUAGUCAGCACUGUUAACUUCCUUACCUUUGUCAUGAAUGCUAAUGGAAACAUCUGAUAUGAAAUAUGAAAAUUCUACAUCUAUUUCAUAUAGUUCUAACAUUUUAUGUGCACUUGCAAUAGGAAGAAUUCAAAAAUGUAUCUGUUUAAAAGUCUGUCAAACUUGGAUAUUGUAAAAUUUAGUAUUAUAUAAGCAAUCUGAAUUUUGAUGCCUUUUGAGUACUCAUAUUCCUACAGAAGACAGAAGGCCAUUCUUUCAUUUUUUUAUUUAUUUUGAUUAUAUACUUUUAAUGCUUUCCUCUUAGGCUUAGAUUUUCUAAAUUGGGUGGCUGAAUUACAGUAUUUCACUAUAAUAUUUUAGUUUCAGAUGUCCCAAACAGUUCAAACACUUAAGAGGUUGAAGGUAGAUGUUGUGCAGUGCAGAACAUUCUUUUUAGCAGUAAGCAAUGUACAUUCAGCAUUUACAGUUUCCUUCAAAAGAUCUUACUGGGCUAACCAAAUGAAUUUAUUGGAAAAAUUGCCAAUCUGUGGGGUUGUAUUGCAGUGUAAUGGUAGAUUAAUACUGAGGUAAUUAUCCUAAGAAUUAAUAUGAUCUUUUUUCCAUCCUAGUACAUUUAGUGAUUUUACAGUGUAGCUAUUGUAAAUAUCUAAAUAUCCAAACAGAAAUAUGUUUAUCUCUUAACCUGAUAUUUUAACC